GCCCGAGCUAGAAAAUUUCUCGACUUCCAUUUUCAGCGUGUUCCCCUCUUGUCGGCGCCGGGUCUCUGAGGAGCUUUUUUGAUUAACACCACAUCCCUCCAAGCCACAAAAUCAUGUAUGCCUGCUCCAGAUUCGUUCUCCCGGCGACCCGGACCGUGCUGCUGCGGCCGCUGAGCUCGGUGGCGGUGGCUCCCGUCAGUCCGGCGGCGGCCGCGCCCGCCUCCAGCCAGGCGGUGGUGCCGUACCGGUCCCUGCAGACGUCGGCCGUCUCCCGCGACAUCGACUCGGCCGCCAAGUUCAUCGGUGCCGGCGCCGCCACGGUCGGCUCGGCCGGCUCUGGCGCCGGCAUCGGCUCCGUCUUCGGCUCGCUCAUCAUCGGCUACGCGCGGAACCCCUCGCUGAAGCAGCAGCUCUUCUCGUACGCCAUCCUGGGAUUCGCCCUGUCCGAGGCCAUGGGUCUGUUCUGCUUGAUGAUGGCGUUCCUGCUGCUGUUCGCGUUCUAAGCGGCGCAGCACGGAUGGGAGGCCGGACGCUGGGGGUGCUCUGCUCGCUGACCGGGUGGGCCGGCGGCGGCCCCGCCAGGCCCCGGCGCCGUCCCCGAACCCGGCCCGGUUAGCGGCGCGAAUCUGGGGUGGUCGUGUAGGGCCACGGGCUGCGUGUCGGAUGCAAAUGAUUUGAGACGGUGUACUGAGGGAUCACGUGAACCUGGCCCGGAAACUGCCGCGUCUCGUGCGAGUGGGUGGCGAACGGUUAGAUAUGAAUAUACACAUCUACACGACCAC